AUGGCUGACGAAACUCAAGUCGAGGAUGCUAAACCCAAAGAUACAAGGCCACCAAACUCACUGAUUGUAUCUUUAUCAAAGAAUUCACACUUUUAUGCGAACGUCGGCAUAAAACUACUAAACGGAUCCAGCGAUCAGCUUUCCUACGACGAAAUUUUUGUUACUGGGUUAGGUACUGCUAUCAAGGUCGCCAUCGAGACCGCUAUGCACUUAUCUAACCGCAAAGUCGGUGUUAUUAAGAAGAUUGAGACUUCUUACUACAACUCCGACACUAUCAAAAAGCACAUUCCAAAAAUUAACAUCGUCGUUGCCAAGUGCUAG